AGUUACGAAUGUUUUUACAUUUCAGGUUUCCUUUCUAGUUGUCUUGUCUGUGUUGUUUAAGUAGAAUAUAAAACGUAGGUGACUUUGGGGACGUACGUAGGAACAGUGCUGGAUGUUAAGAUGUUAUCCCCUAAUUAGCUAGUGCUCUUGUAUGUUGUGUUGUAUGAGUCGUUUCGAUGUUCUUGAGUCAGAGCUGUAAACUGCGAAAUCAGAUUGUGUGUGUAGCUUUUCGCUGAUCAUUUGAAAAUUCUGAGAUGCAUCAUCUGAGACUGUGUGUCUCAGAAGGUGGAGAAUAUAGACUUGACAGCAGCAGCUUAUUAGAUGGAUCACCAACCUGGAAGAGUUUCAGUCCACAGGGAAGGGAUGCCUUGUUUAAAAUGUGACCCAGGACCUGAAAUAUAAAGGUUGGUGCUAGUCUCAUUUUAGAUGGCAUCAUGGUUGAAUAACAAUAUGGCAGAACAAAAAGGUGAACUUUGUGUGACUCUUGAUGCUGGUGAAGCUGCGGAUGAGGAUUGUGAUUUGCCUUCAGAUGAUUUAUCUCUCAGUGACUCUGAUCCAGAAGACAAAGUAUUCCUUAAUGAACCCGAGGUCAGUGAUAUCUCUUCCAAAGAGUUUCCUUUGGGUGUUACCGACACUGAAGUGAACACUAAAAAUCACAGCAUCCAAGAAGAUGUCAGCACUUCAGUAGAACAGCUGCCUUCUGAACUGUUUCAGUUAAAGGGGAUGAGUUCCUCUUUCUCCCUUCGCAGUCGAAAUAUAUUCGAUAAUUUAGAAAGUGCUGCCAAAGGUACUACAUCCCCUUUAAGUGAUGAUGAGGAUACUAGUUUAUUUAAAGUUCCGUACCCCAAAUCUCCUCUGGCAGUACACACAUCAGACAGCGUUACAGAGCGGCAAGGAAAAGUUCCACCUAAACCACUCCAGUCUCUUCCAGAUUAUAUAGAGCACCCUGAACGCUGGACUAAGUACAGCUUAGCAGAUGUUUCUGAAACAAGUGACUUGCAGAAUAGGCAAGUGGCACUGGAAUUCUUGGACAGUUUGAAGAAAUGUAAAGAUGGAACAUUAGGCAGAGAAAGUAUAUCUUAUUCUUUUAAUCAAAAUCAUGGUAAUAAAUCAUCAGAUAAGAUCUUGUUUAAACAGCCAGUUAAAAUGCAGGUGGAUGGUUCCACCACAGGAGAAACCUUGCAAGAGAAGCAGUUGAAGCUGGACAGCCCCUCAAAAUCAGUAAGCCUAAUACACGUAGGCAAAGAUAGUCCUGAGAAGGUAGGACUAGAACAUUUAGUCCAUGUAGAUAAUGAUUCAGAAGAUGGGGCGAAAAGGUCUGAUACCAAAGCAGUGGAGCAACCCUGCAAAAACAUUGAGGUGCCACCUCAUUUGGGAUUUCAUCGCAUCAAAAAGAGCAUUAGAAAGAACAUACGCCCCAAGUCCGACCAAGAAGAUAAUUCCGACUGAAACUUUCAGACUUCAUUGGUCAUUAAUGGUGGGUUUUUAAAUUGUUUUAAAUUUUACUCCAGUAAUUCCUUCUUUUACUGGGUAAGAUCUUAAGAUGUACAGAUGUUGCAGAAUGACUAGACAUAUAACUAUCUUGCAGCACAUGCAGAUAUGAUUAAAA